AUGGCGCAAAGGCCUGGGGCGAGCUUCAUUGCUCUGCUGCUCACAGCUCUGGUGAUGUCUGUUCAACCCGAUACUACUGCUAAUUCGGAGAAUCCUCUCUACAAGGAUGGAGAUCGUAUCCCAUUGUUCGCCAAUAAAAUUUUUCCUGCUGACGAUCCAUGUGAUGCUCUUCCAUACUUUCAUUUGCCAUUCUGCCCUCCAGGAAGCAUAAUAACCAACAGGAAGAGAACCUUUGAAGAAGUUUUAGCUGGUGAUUGUUUCACUAAUACCCAAUAUGAGUUGACAUUCAAGAAGGAGAAAAUUAGAGAAAUAUUAUGCGAGAAGAACCUGACGAAAGAUGAAGUUGCGAAGUUCAGGCAUGCUGCAGAAAACAGAUUUGAGUUUGUCAUGUACUAUAACAGCAUUCGCUUGCAGACCGUUGUGGGGAAGGUUGUAAAAGCUCUUGGGGAUGCCAAUGAAAGACCUAGGGGCCAAGUGAUGGACAUGUCUGUUAUGUGCGAUUUCGAUUCUGAUCUGGAUGUAACUGAAGAUGUUCCAGUUAAAGUCAACUUCACUUAUUCUGUUUUCUGGAGAGAACUCAAUGAAAGCUCAGUGAACUGGCCUACAGAGCAAGGAGAUUGGGAAAAUAUUCUUAUGUUCUUAUUUAGAGCCUGCAUUAUUGUCAUCUGGAUUGGGUUGCUUCUUGAAGUAGCAAUGCAAUACUUGUCGGGUUAUUUCACUCGGUAUUCUGAUGGAGACAUAGAAGAAGCCAAGCCAGGGAAAAUAAAUAUGAAGCAAAUUCAUGGGGAUUCAUGCCGAUGUCCUCCAUAUCCAUCCUUGCUUGGUGCCGUCCUGGGUGUUGUUUCUGGGUACAUCGCCACUUCAUUCCAUGUUCAAUUUACUGCUAUUGGAUGGAAAGAAUGUAUUUUCCAGACUGGGGUCCUUUACUCUGUUCCAGUUUUCCUUACAGUUGCUUAUGUUGCCACAAUAGUGGCAAUAGGUGAAGGGGUUGUGAUUCUACCUAAAUUUGGUACGGUGGUCACAAUUUUUGUUGUAUGGGCACUUUGCACCACCUCAUUACUGACGUUGGGUGGCAACAUUGGAUAUGCAUAUGGACCUUCUGAAUCUCAAGCACCUUGUACUUCUAGAUCAAGAGCCAUAAGAGAGGUUCCUCGGCUAUCUUGGUACAUGAGGACACCUGCCCAAAUGUUUCUUGGGGGCAUCCUACCUUUCCUUGCCGUCUUCUUGGAGAUGGAUAAUAUCUAUGCUAGCUUGUGGAGCCAUAAAGUCUGCGGAACAUUCAGCACAUUGGUGAUGGCUUUUGUCUUGGCCAUGACGCUGACUGUGAUUAUCAGCAUGUUUUUUGCGCACCUACAGCAGCUGAAGCAAGAUAAUCAGUGGUGGUGGAGAGGGUUCGGCAAGUCUAGAGGCUGGUUAAAGAAGCUGAUUAAUAAGUUUAAUGUUGGUUUGUUUGUUAUUUCAAAACCUUUCGCGGCUGAGGAGAGGAUGAUGAUUUCUGGGUGGUUCUUCAAGGAAGGCCAAAGGAUGUUGGUGAGUUUGCCUAUGCCAAAUGUUCUUAUGUUGAAAGAAGAGAAUUUUGGUGGCAACUGGAGAAGUGCCAAAUUUCAAAUUUUCCUUGGCCCUCGUAUGUCAUGGUGCAAUGGUCAUGAAGGGGUGGCUCGUAGGUGGGCUAAGCUUGAUCAAGUUCUCAUUAAUAAUGCUUUUUCCAACCUCUGGUUCAGCUCAAUUCAAAUAUCUAAGUCGGAAAUCCUCAAAUCAUGA